GUUACUUUGGGUAAACAGCGGCUGACACUUGUUUGACGGUUACAAUGUUUAAGAGUGCUAUCUUUGUUCUUACCCUGGUCGGAUUGGCCAUCGCAGAUGAAAGGAGGUUGGAAUCAUCCGAAAAGAACACGGUGAAACGAGGUUUGGAUGCCCUACAGUUUGGUUUCGGUGGACACAAUUCGAUCGGCCACGAUUAUUGGGCCGGUGCUCAAAAGCUAGUUGCUGCUCCAUGGUUGCAAAACAAUGGUUGGAAGCAUGGUCCAACACCAACGGAAAUAGCCGCGACGAUUGCAGCUGCCAAACAAGCCUCGGCUCAGGUUCUGAUUGCCCAGCAACAGGUUCAAGCGGCCAAGGACAGUGUUCUGAAUCAGCAGAAAAUUGCCAACGAGAAGGAAGCCAGUGCGGCUUAUGCUUCGCAGAAAAGUGAAGCGACGGCUGCGGUACAACGUUCGGAAGCUGCCGCUGCUGCUCAAGCGGUUGUUUUGGCCCAGCACCGGUUGGCGGCUGCGAAGGCAAACGUAGCCCAACAUCAACGGAUUGCCGCUGCCAAGGAAUCUCUCGCUGCCCAAGCAAUCCAGAGUUCGGCAAAAGCGGCUGCGGCAGAAAUCCAUCGUGCCGAACAUGAAGCCGCCAAAUUGGCUGCCCACCAGCGGGCCGAUUCCGCCUCGUUGAAUCAUCACGUUAUCGCCACGAAGGACGACGCGUUUGCUCCGCUGAUUUAUGGUGGUAAUCAGAUUCCAACAACCCAGUUGUACCGUGCAUUGGCGGAACCUUGGAAUCAACAGUUUUCCGCGCAAGCACCGUGGAUGAACGGUGGAUGGUCGUUCGAUUCGGUGAAGCCGGCGUGGGGUUGAGGAAUUUCUUUUUAACUUUCAA